AUGAGAGAUGUGGAUAUACUGGAGCAAGUCUGGCUUAGGGCUACAGAGAUGGUGGUGGGACUGCAGCAUCUGAUGUACAAGGAGGGGCUGAGAGCUGGGACUGUUCAGACCGGAGAAGGCUUGGGUAACAGCAUUAUGCCACUGGUGUCCAGCUGCAAACCUGCCUUAAAAGAGCAUGCUGGGGAGCGGGGGGCUGAUGAGCAUAUUUUCUUUGUGAUGGUAUAUGUUGUUUCUCUUUACAGACGCCUCCACCUCAAUAAGAAAGCCACAGAAAAACAGCCAUAUAGCAAACUUCCUGGUGUUUCACUUCUAAAGCCGUUGAAAGGUGUGGAUCCUAACCUGAUCAACAACUUAGAAACCUUCUUUGAACUGGAUUAUCCAAAAUAUGAAGUACUACUCUGUGUACAAGAUCAUGAUGAUCCAGCUGUCGAUGUGUGCAAGAAGCUCCUUGGCAAAUACCCGAAUGUUGAUGCUAGACUGUUCAUAGGUGGCAAGAAGGUUGGCAUCAACCCCAAGAUUAACAACUUAAUGCCUGGCUAUGAAGUUGCCAAAUAUGAUCUCAUAUGGAUUUGUGAUAGUGGAAUCAGAGUAACGCCAGACACACUGACAGAUAUGGCCAAUCAAAUGACUGAAAAAGUAGGCUUAGUCCACGGGCUUCCCUAUGUUGCAGACAGACAGGGUUUUGCUGCUACCCUUGAACAGGUUUAUUUUGGAACUUCACAUCCAAGGUCAUAUAUUUCAGCCAACUUAACUGGCUUUAAGUGUGUAACAGGAAUGUCAUGCUUGAUGAGGAAGGAUGUCUUGGACCAAGCUGGAGGACUGAUAGCCUUUGCACAAUAUAUUGCUGAAGAUUACUUUAUGGCCAAAGCUAUUGCUGACCGGGGCUGGAAAUUUGCAAUGGCCACACAAGUUGCAAUGCAAAACUCUGGUUCAUAUUCCAUUUCUCAGUUUCAGUCCAGAAUGAUCAGGUGGGCCAAACUGCGAAUUAAUAUGUUGCCUGCCACAAUAAUUUGUGAACCAAUCUCAGAGUGCUUUGUUGCCAGUCUAGUUAUUGGAUGGGCAGCUCAUCAUGUGUUUAGAUGGGAUAUAAUGGUAUUUUUCAUGUGUCACUGCUUGGCGUGGUUUAUAUUUGACUACAUUCAACUAAAAGGUGUUCAGGGUGGUGCUCUGUGUUUUUCGAAACUUGAUUAUGCAGUAGCUUGGUUCAUCAGAGAAUCCAUGACAAUUUAUAUUUUUCUAUCUGCUUUGUGGGACCCUACUAUUAGCUGGAGGACAGGACGCUACAGAUUACGUUGUGGAGGCACUGCAGAAGAAAUUCUUGAUGUAUAGCCACAGCUUUGUAACUGUGAAUGUCAAAAAGAAAAGGGG